GGGUGUAACCUAUCAUUAUUAUUGUUGCACAUGAUGCUUACUUGGAGUUUCACUGUAUUCAGUAUAUUGUGUCUAAUGGCUGACUAUGUCUCAUUUCACAUUACAAUGAUUCUUACUGACACUGGAAGUUCCUGUUAUAGUAUGCUUGAGCAGAAGAGUUGGGUAAUAAUUCAACUCUAAUGAAGGACUUCCACUUACAAUACAUGUGUGGUGUGAGGUUUGCAACAUUUGCAACUUCACCCUUCAGUAUUGUGGAGUGCAACAUAAGACUGGCUCUAGUCUCGUCUUGUGUUACACUCUGCAGAGCUGAUGCAAUGGAUGGAGUUGCAUGAAAUUCAUAUAGCUUUAUGAUUAAUUUGGCUUAUCUCUAAGGAGGAGCCAGCAGUUUAUUUAACCCACCCACCAUUAAUUGUUUUUUUGGUGAUGCUCCAUGUCAUGAAACAUCAGGAGUUAUUAAAUAUUAAUUGAUAAAGACUGAUCAGUUAUUGAUAUGAAUUCAAUGUACAUGUGUACAAUAAUGAUGAAUACUUAUAAUUAGAGUUUAUUUGGUCAGAUCUGGUUCUAAUGAGCUUUCUAUUGCCUGUUAUUUUGCUACGAGUUGAUUGUAUUCACACUAUUGGUCAUGUUGCUGUCAGCAGGUACAAUUCCACUUAUAAUGGAAAGGCCUUUCAUUUUAUUUUCUGCUUUAAUAUGGAUACUCACGGCCUGCUCUUAUGGGACUUGGAGGAGAAAUAUGUCUACUUUAGCUGCUGCUGUUAUAAGAUGGCAUCUUCUUGUUAUGGUUCUUUUCUUGUGAUGUACCUGUUGACAGCAGCUGUUAUUCAUUUGUGUGAUGAUCGUACUUCAAUUUGUGGAACAACAGGCAAUAGAAAGCUCAUGUAUAUCGACCAUACUCAGUCGUUAUAUUGACGAGUUAAUUUGAAUUUGAUUUAUUAUUUGUUAUUUCGUGGGUGUGGCUAAUGCUGACCUUAAAUUGAUUCUCCUCAGAUGCAAUGGCAUCUUUUGAAAUGAAAGAAAAAAAUAUUUUUAUGACAUUUUAUUUAUAUUUAAUGAUACUAUUACAAUAAAUGGAUGGAUGGAUAGAUGGAUAGGUGGUGGAGGAUUAUUUUAUUCUUAAUCACAAAUAUUUGCAAUCUAUUCUAAAAUGAUUAUUUUCUAUUGGUGUAAAGUGUGACUCAAGAAGUGGUGGUAGUUUUUAAAGAAAUAUUUUUUUUGAUUGGAGCACAUGUAUAUACUGGUGAUUUUGGAGGAAGAGUAAGACUCAUGGCACAUUGUAGCUCUUUUCUUGUGGAUUUUAGCUCAUUUUUAUGUUAAUGGCAGCAACCUUCUCUUCUUCCAGCUUCGUUGUUGCUGGAGUUUGCAGUGUAGCCAUUAAAGAAAGGACCUCUAAGAAUCCAAGUUUCUUUUGAGAAUGGGGCUCGACAGUGUUUCAAGCCUAAAUGAUGUGAUUUUUUGUCUUCUGUUGACUUUCUGAAGUCUAACUUCACUUCAUUCUCCAUUUUUCUCCUUAGCAAGGAUGCCAUUUUUAUAACUUGGACACACCUUUCAGAUAUACAUACCCACUUUCAAUUUUUAAUUUUUGAGAAACUUUGCACAAAGUUACAAUUAGUUUAUCGUUCAUAAAUCACUGGCCUAAAUGAAAGUACAUGCAAUUGAAGAUAGGAUUCACACCAAAAAAACUUUUUAGAAAAAAAAACGAAGAACUGGCCCAGAUGUACAUAGGCCACAGCUUCUUAUACCAGCCGCCUCGUAAACUUUUUUUUUGGCAUAUUGAGUUCUUAGGUGCGCACAGUCUUCAAGGAGUUGAUACUACUUGGCAAUCAAUUGUGGAGCUCAGCCUUGAAUUUAUGUCUUUCCGUUUCAUAAUAUUCGGUAAAUUUGAUGAUGACUGACCAAAAAGUUUGAUAUCAGUAUAUCUCUGGCUUGUGCUGAAAAAAAUAAACUCUUUUCUCUAAUGACAACUAGUCUCAGUCUACUAACUGCUGUAGUACUCUUGUUGCACAUGCUUCACUUAUACAUUUAUGAAUUUACAAUGAAUAAAUUAUUGAGAAUACUUUGGGCCAUUUUUUCACUUUUAUUUCUACAUCUGCUACUUGUACGUGCUGAAAAAUAUUGAGAUGGAUAAGCUGGCACUGGGAUAAAAAAUUUCCAGAUUUCAAGGAAGAGGUUUGGUUGAAAUGAACUAAUAUAGCAAUAUUGCAUGCCGAUUGUACACGGGUGCUUCAUUUGUGCACUAAGAUGACAGACUGGCAUGAUGAGAUGAAAAGAGUGCAAGUGAUUCCUUCAUUCUUUCAGGAAUACAUUCAUUCCAAUUUUACUUAAUGUGCAUAGCAGUGCUAAGUGAAGGAGCCGAUAGUACCAUUAAUUAGUACAUGUAUUAAUGAAAUACAGUUGAGUUUUACAUGCACAUUCUGGCUAUGUGAGUAAGUAAAACAAAUUACUGACCUGAGUGACCUCCUUGCUGUGAUGACUAAUUUCUGGUAACUGUUACUUCUUUUGUGUCCUUGCAACCUCUUGGCACAGCUCUUUUUUUGACUGAACCAGUUUCUCUAAACCAACUUGUGACAGUUGAAACAUCAACACAUAAAUUAGAGGCAAAAGUUCUUCAAAUGCCUCCAGUAUGUAAUUACAAACGUCUUUGUCAGUCUCGUCAUAGCAAUCCCUGACAUAAAGGCAUAGAGAUAUUGCCAACUCAAUGAACUCAGACUCCGCCAUUGUGGUUUCACAUGCAGUUGGUGGGGUCAAUGUGACCAGUGGGUGGGGUUUAGCAAUUAUUGAUUGAUCAUCGAUCAUAAAACGAUCUUGUGAUUGUAAAAAUGUUGCGAUGCGCUUUGCGCAUCGCCAUGGUGUCUUUUUUAUUGUUCAUUAGUCUUUUUUUAAUUUUGACGGUUUUGGCGUUCCAUAGUACAUAUGUAUGUAUUAUGAUUAUAGCUGUUACCAUUUUUCUUUAAAUUUUUUGCAAUAAUAAAAAGAGUUAAAAUGCAUACUGGUAGUUGUAAGGCUAAAGCCCAACAUUGUGCUACAGGCCAGUCUUUAAUUAUCAAGGAAGGUGAAGUACCAUAUUGUAUAUUCCUGAUUUCUUGUUUUGUAAAGUGUAUGAUAGAUCAUCGGACUAUUUGGACAGGAAUGUCUUGUUCAUUAGUUAUUUUUGUAGCAGGGAGCUCUGAGUGGCUCCCUGCUACAUCACCUUACUAAAUAGGCAAUAGUGGCCUAUUGCAUGGCAUUGGCAUUCUUUCGAUUCACCUUGAAUAUGCUGUUCCUCUUCAACUUUGCAACCACUAAUUGAUCCAAUUUCUUUUGGAAUGUCAUUUGGUUUAAGGUUUGCACUUCAAAAAGAGCAUGGUGUGCUCGUUCAACAUUUUCCUGCCCACUUUGUUAUUAAUUUUUCAUCGUGCUAUAGCUGCCAGCUAACAAUGCAAUUUAAAAUGAAUUAAAAAUUACUGUGAGUAAUUUGGUAUCUGUAGUGAAUUGGUUCAGGUCCCCACCAAACAAUAGAUCGCCAAAUGUCAACCAUGACAUUUGUAGCCUGGUGUUUUUUAGUUGAUGUUUUCUAAUCUUGUACUCUACAGCUACAGGAAAUGAUGUUACUGACUGAUGGAGGAAAAUAGCUAGCUUCGUUUAUAAUAGAUAGGCAGGAAUAAAUUUUACAAUCCAGCACAUUUUUCUUGGUCAAAAAGUUAUCCCAAGGCAUCUGCUACACUGUUUCCUUCUGGUUUUUAGUUGCAAUCAGCUCCAAUUUUUUACAUACUGUAUAGCUGGUAUAUUUUGUCUGGAAAAAAUGUCUUUCUUAGCAGGAUUAAAGAUUUUUGAUUGUUUCGUUUUGCUCUAAGCAGGAAUCGUGUUUUCAGACGUAGUACUUUUUACUUGAUUGUUUUGAAGAGGAAGAAAGUUAAUGAGAUCUUCUACUUUUUAAAAGUGCAUUUUUUAUUUCAAGGUCUAAGAAAGGCCUGAAUGUAUCUUUUUUAUUUAUUCGUGAAUUUGGUGUUAUUAUGGUUGAUUAGACACCAGUUCUGUCGAUCAGAACACUUGAAUAUUGGUGGUCUAGUUUCUUUAUAACAAUAUAACGUUCUGUUGAACAUUGAACAUUUUUCUGAAUGACUAUAGACCAAUGAAAAUAAUAAAUGUGCCAAGUUGGCUUUUUAAUGAUUGAUUUUGAUUAAUUGUGUCUGACUGAAGUCAGCAAAAUGAAAAAAAAGAUUACUAAUAAUUUGAAAAUAAAAAUGUUGUAAUUAUAAUAAGAAUUCCCAUUCAGGGAUAUACUAGUGCAGAGACACUAGUGAUAUUUGUAUGUAAUUGAAACAAAAAUAAUAAAUCCCAACAUUGGGUAAUGCUAGUAUAUGGUUGAAACUGACCUUUGGAUUAUAUACAUAUAAUGGAUACUGUUGAAAUGAUGAUGAUGAUAGUGUUUUAUAAUGAACUGCUGGUUCAGUUCUUUUAUAUUUUUAUUUGUGUAUUUAUAUCAUUCUCGGGCCCCCAGUGUGGCAAUAGUAAAUGAUCAGCUCACCAUUCGGAAUGCUACCAUGGACUCAGUCAAGCGUUAUUCUGACGAAGUUCAGGCUCAUUUUUCAAAGUCUUCCGCCGGAAGUGUUUCUCUUUUUCCUCCCAAUCAGUCGGCCAUACCUUCAUUGCAACAACAGCAAUUAUCUGCUGCACAGGCUGCAUCUUUUAAUGAGUCUGAUGUUAUACAACAGCUAGCACUUGAAACUGGAAUGAAUUACGAUUACUCAAAGAAAUGUCUUGCCGAGAAUGGCUGGAACUACGAGAAAGCUAUUUCUACCUUUAGAGUUCUUCAGGGACAAGGAAAUAUCCCAUUAGAGGCCUUUCGUACUUAAUCUAUAUAAACUUCUCUCUCAUUGUUACAAAAGUUGUCUGUGACAAAUCAUUGUUUAAACUCUGUUACUUUUCUUCAUUUUAUAUGAUGUAUGUAUACUUUUAUUAAAAUGCUAAUUGGGCGGGGCUCGUUUAAGUCACGUGAUAUUGCUGGGAAUUUUUAACCCUUUGUUGCAAUGUUUGUUAACUAACUUAACUUGGUCUUGGUUCACUACGAAUAAAGGAAUCAUGAAAGAAAGAUUCACUACAGUUGAUCUCCUCGCCUCGAUAGAAUACUUGAAUAGAAGGCUAACAGGUAUGAGAGUAGCCAACAUUUAUGAUGUGGAUCACAAGACGUAUCUACUCAAACUAGCAAGGUCUGAAGAGAAGAUAGUCCUAUUGGUGGAGUCUGGUUGUCGCUUGCAUACAACUGAAUUUGAGUGGCCGAAACAUUUACAACCAUCGGGAUUUGCAAUGAAAUUAAGGAAGCACCUACGGACCAAACGUCUCAUAUCAAUCACUCAGUUAGGAGUUGACAGAGUCAUUGACAUGGUGUUUGGAUCAGGCGAAUACGCCCACCAUCUUAUCAUUGAACUCUAUGAUAGGGGUAAUAUAAUACUAACAGACCACACCUACUUGAUACUGAGUCUACUAAGAACAAGAACAGAUGCCGAUGCUGAUGUUCGUUUUGCUGUACGCGAGCAUUUCUCGAUGGACACAAUAAAACAGGAACAAAUCCUGCCCUCCAUCGAACAGGUUGCUGGGAUACUUGGGAGUGCAAAACCCGGUGAUCAACUAAGACAUAUAUUAAAUCCUCAUUUUGUAUAUGGUACGUCUUUAUUAACACAUUGUUUGAUUGGUAUUGGACUAACUGAGAACACUAAACUACCUGCUACUAAUGAUAGUCCCAUUGAUCCUGAUCAAGUUCUCAAGGCUUUACUGGAAGCUCAUGAAAUCUUUCAAAGUUUUCGCUCAAUGCCUUCAAAGGGUUACCUCAUUCAGAAGAAGGAUGUUGCUCCCACUGUGGGUGUGGCUACUUCUGACACGCCCACAACUUCAACUGAAGUGACAACGAACAUAGAGUUUCAUCCAUUACUUUACAGGCAGCAUCUCUCAUCUUGUUACAAAGAAGUAGAGACAUUUGACAGAGCAGUUGAUGAAUUUUUCUCUUCAAAGAGUAGUCAGAAACAAGAUGUGAAAGUCAUUCAAUUGCAAAAAUCUGCAGUCAAGAAGUUGGAAAAUAUCAAACAAGACCACGAGAAAAGAAUAGAAGCAUUGAGGAAAUCUCAAGAUGAGGACAGAUACAAGGCAGAACUCAUAGAGUGGAACACUGAUCUUGUGGAGAGAGCCUGUCUGGUGAUAAGGAGUGCUGUUGCCAGUUCUAUGGAUUGGGGUGACAUUGAGCUACUGGUACAUGACGCUCAAGGAAGAGGUGAUCCUGUAGCUAACAGCAUACAAGGACUCAAGCUCCACUCCAACCUCAUCACACUCUGGCUUAAGGCUCCUUAUGAAGAAGAUGACGAUGAUAGUGAUGAUGAAGAUAUUCCAAAAAAGAAAAAGAAGAAACCUUUUAAAGGUAUUAAAGUUGAUAUCGAUUUGGGUCUAUCAGUCUAUGCUAACGCUCGAAGAUAUUACGACAUGAAGAAACAAGCAGCAAAGAAGGAACAGAAAACAUCUGAAUCUUCAAAUAAAGCCCUCAAGUCAGCAGAACGAAAGACAAAGCAAACACUAAAGGAAGCAGCUGUCAUUUCUCGUAUCACAAAAGCUCGUAAAGUCCACUGGUUUGAGAAGUUCUAUUGGUUCAUCAGCUCUGAGAAUUUCGUUGUAAUUGGAGGGAGGGACCAACAACAGAACGAGCUGCUAGUAAAGAAAUACUUAAAUGAGCAUGAUGUAUAUGUACAUGCUGAUCUUCAUGGUGCGACUAGUGUCAUUGUUAAGAACCAUUCAGGGGGUCCGGUUCCUCCCAAGACCCUUAACGAAGCUGGUGUGAUGGCUGUCUGUUAUAGCUCUGCUUGGGAGGCAAAAAUUGUGACUAGCGCCUGGUGGGUCUAUGCUAAUCAAGUGUCAAAGACAGCUCCAAGUGGUGAAUAUUUGACUACUGGAAGUUUCAUGAUAAGAGGCAAAAAGAAUUUCCUUCCUCCAUGUCACCUAGUACUGGGAUUCUCAAUAAUGUUCAAAGUUGAUGAAUCAUCUCUUGCUAAUCAUAUCAAUGAGAGAAGAGUCAGAUCAGCUGAUGAAGAUCAGCUAUCAAUUAUGAGUGACUCUGUGAGCGAAAUAUUACUAGAAGAAGAGAUUAUUGAAGAAGAUGAAGAAGAGAUUGAAGGAGAAGAACACAAUGACCAGCCAUUAGAGGAAGGAAAAGGAGCAGAGCUGAAAGAGGAUGAGAGUGACAAUGAUGAAGUAGAGUUUCCUGAUACUGCCGUCUCAAUACAGGCCAGUACUAGUACUGAAGGGGGCGGAGUCAGACUUCAGGUUCAACGUGUUGAUAGUACAGUAUCAGUCGAGGAUAGUGAAGCCACACCUCUUAAUGGAGAAGGGCGUGUCACUUAUCAUCGGCACAUAUCGGCAAAAGAGAGAAAACUAUUAAAGAAGCAGUCUUCUUCCAAAGGACACGAGGCUAGUUCUACACCUGCUAGCUCUAAGCCACACCCCAAACCACAGCCACUACCUCAGCCUCAAUCACAGCAGUACAAACGUGGGCAGAAGUCAAAGCAAAAGAAGAUUAAAGAUAAAUAUGGAGAUCAAGACGAGGAGGAGAGAGAAAUGAGAAUGAACUUAUUAGCUUCGAGUGGUGCUUUAAAGGAAAGUAAAGGAAAGAAAGGAAAGGGUAAAGGAGGAGGUAAUGGUGGCAAGCGAAGUGGUGAUAUUGGACAAUCAUUUAAUCCUAAGGAUAAGUACCAUCAUAAGAAGAAGUCCUUAGAGACAGCUAAUAAUGUAUUGGAACAGCAUCACAGACAGCAACCGCCAGCUUUACUAGUACAACAAGAGGAGGAGAUGGAACAAACUGUUUCAGAUACAGCAUUUGUUGUUGUUAAUAAUGAUAAUGAUGAUACUAAAAGAAUGGACUCUGAUUCUACUCAUGAAAUUCUCUCUACUGACCUGGUGACAUCUUUUACUGAUACUAAUCAAUCUAGCUCUUCCAUUACUCCUUCAUUAUAUGACCCCAGUUCUACUGAUACUGUCCAUACUACUAGUGAUACUGUCAUUAAUCAUGACUCUACUACUGACCAGCAGUUCCUGUCUACUAAUACCACCAUUAGCUCUCCUCCACCAGUUACUAAUGAUGAGUCACUCCCUCCAUCAACCACUGAAGUAGUGAAUGAUGAAAUGGAGUCGGAUGAAGAAGAAAAGAGAGCAAUACUGGCUGAUGAGAAUAUACUCCAAUUAGAGGAAGCUCAAAAAGAAAUGUUUGAUUUGGACUCACUGACCGGUUCUCCUUUACCAAAUGAUGAAUUACUUUAUGCAAUACCUGUGUGUGCUCCUUAUUCUGCCAUGCAUAACUACAAGUUUAAAGUGAAAUUGAUACCGGGUACAAACAGAAGAGGGAAAGCUGCCAAGACUGCAGUGCACAAGUUUGUACAGUCAAAGGAUUCUACACAAUUAGAGAAAGAUCUGCUGAGAAGUAUUAAGGACAAUGACUUGUCUAGAUAUUUUCCAGGAAAAGUAAAAAUGACACUACCACAACAAAGUCUAAGAACUAAACACAAAUGAUGCUAAAAAUAAUUAUUAUUUAUGUUGUAAAAUUUGUAUAAAAAAUAAUCCUCAAGUUUCCCAUGUUAACUU